UUUGAGGAGCAAAAAAACGUGAGCUUUCUGUCCUUCAAGUUUCACUAUGGUCAACUUCUCACUUGACAAUUUUUUCGACGAUGCAAACUUAAAUGGACCGGUACAUAACAUUACUUCUGAAGAAGGUUGCUUCGAUCGCAAUAGCACGGCCAUACGAGUGACAAGAGUCGCUGUUUACUGUGUUAUUAUUUUGGUAUCAGCCCUGGGUAACACCAUGACAAUUAUGGUAGUGCGGCGUAACAGAACGAUGCGAAAAUCUUUUCACUGUUUCAUUGUGAACCUGGCAGCUACAGAUUUGAUUAUCACUCUGGUGUACAUGCCACGGCUCAUUGUUAUGUGGUUACGAGGAAGUGAAUGGUUGGUGGAAGACACGUUUGGCUCAGUGCUAUGUAAACUCGUUCCAUAUUUACACGGCGUCGGCAUUUUAGUUUCGAUUCUUACGCUGAUGACAUUGGCCAUAGAUAGAUUUUUUGCUAUUGUCUUCCCUUUGAAACAGGAACUAUUCACUGUCAAAUCUUCGAAGUUUGUUAUCGCGUUCGUUUGGUUCGUUGCUUUGGCCGUUCGUUUUCCUUACUUUUAUUCACUUAGGAUAACGUUUCACGAAGAAAGAGGCGAAUUUACAUGUGGUGCAAAUCUUACAAGAACAUUUGAACGCGUAAACGCAAGAGAAAUUUAUUACACUUUCCUUUUAACUGCCUUCUACGCUCUCCCAUUCACUGUCAUCCUCGCCUCUUAUUCUGUGAUAGUGGUAACCUUGAGGCGCUCAAAAGUGCCUGGCGACAAAGAAAUAGCCAAGCUUGUAAAGAAAAGUCGAGACAAAGCAAGCAGAAAGGUAAUACACAUGCUACUGACGGUCACCGCUGCUUUUUUGUUUUGUUGGUUGACAUACUUUGUUGCGCAAAUUGUGUUUAAUCCAGUGCCAUGUUAUUUAAGAUUUUGGCGCAUUUUCCUGGCACACAGCAAUAGCGCUUUCAAUCCUUGUUUGUACGCAGUUUUCAACGAAAAGUUUCGAAAAGGUUAUAAACGUUUGCUGUUCUGUGGUUUUCGUUAGAAAAUUUGACAAUCAUCCACUACUAGAGAGCGAGGGCAUGAACUCUUAGCAUGAACUCUUGGUACGAAAUAACCAGAAAGGGGACAUCUGCGAAAUACCUUUAGCAACUUUUCUUGACUGCAGAUAUUUUACAAGUUUUGUAAACCUGGAGAGUUCGUAAAAAUGGAUCUCGUUCAGAAAUGUAUUGGAAAGGUUCUUACGCUAAAGAGAGGCAACAAACGUGGUUUGCAAAAAAUUUAUUUGAAUGUGUUGUUAAUUAAUUUGGUUGUUCAUCCCACCUGUACUCUAUUUAAGCCAAGUUUAGCGUUUGUAAAAAAAUUGUUACAGAGAAACCGGUAUUUGCG